AUGCCUCGAAUGAAGAACAUGGUCAGGCUACCCUACCAGAAGGAAUUGGCGCUGCUGAGGAAGGUCGUGGAUCAUGCCAAUCCGGGGGAUGCAGCAUCUGUUGUGCAUCAGAUGGAAUGUUUUGGCGUGGAGCUGGGCAGCGCAGGUGGCUGGGCGAAAUUUGCUGCUGGGAGCAAGGCCCAGAUUUUGCUCUUGGGUGCAGCAGGGUCCGGGCCUUCUCCGAAGCAUGUCCUGGACAUUGGGGCCUACGGCGGUGGGUCAGCUCUGCACCUUGCAAUGGCUCUGCCGGGAGUUCACGUGACAGCUGUCGAGUUGGAUCCUGUGAUGGUGGCUUUGGCGCGCUGCUUGUUGGGCUUUGCUGGAGUCGGCGACCGCGUGCGUGUGCUUCCAGGUCACACCAGGUUUCGGCUGCCAGGGCUCCAGGGACAGCGCUUUUCUGGCAUCUUCGCUGAUGUCUGGGGUGCCCAGUACGCAGACGUCCUCGCACUCAUUCAUCGACAUGCGCUGCUGUCGACUGGAUCGGUGCUCAUCGCGGACAACGUUCUUCGCACGGGAGCGGCCGAAUUUGCGGGGCGUGUGACUGGCCCAGGUUUCCACACUGUCGUGAUGCCGGUCAGGGAGGUAGCAAAUCCGGAAGAAGAGGACUGGAUGACGGUUUCCGUCUUGCGGGAUGCCGCCGCUUGGGAAACGAGUGUUUCGGAGGAGCUGUUGGAGCUCCAGGCGAGGUCUGAGCAUCUACGCGACGAAGCUACCAACGAGGGCAUCGCUCCAGAGGAGCACCAAGACUUCUCUGAGCGAGCUCGUGAGGUCUUCCGGAAAGUCGGGAUCGCGCCCGUCUCGCCGUAG